AGAAAGAGAGAGAGAGAGAAAGAGAGAGAGGAAAAUAGAUCAUAGUGUUAGAGGGAGGGCGAGCGAGUGGGAGAGGGAGGCUGUAGCUGUCGAUGGCAUUAACAAUGGAGCGUUAGGAUCCAGAGAGGUGAUAGUAAGCCAGACUGCGGCUGGGGGUGCAGAUAUUUGAGGAGGGGGGCUCCUCCUCGGUGAGCGCAGGGUGGAGGAGGAGGAGGGAGAAAAAGGAGGAUGGGCCUCGAAUACAGACUUGCAAUGGCACUGCAAAAAUUGGAUUAAAGCAGUAUGCUGGACAAGAGCGAGGUGGCAACUCUAGGCCUGCCCUGCUCCACCACCAGCCAUGGUGGCUCUGACAGCAACAUCAGCGUGGACGGAGCGGCGGCCGCGGCGGCCGGGGCGGCCGGGGCGUCCGGGGUCACGGCUGCUGCAGGUGCGGAGGGGUCAGGGGUCGGCGAGCCGCAGAGGACGCGCGCCGCGCUGGAGCACCUGCAGCAGAAGAUCCUGAAAGUGACCGAGCAGAUCCGCGUGGAGCAGGAGGCCCGGGACGACAAUGUGGCCGAGUACCUGAAGUUAGCUCACAACGCAGACAAACAGCAGGCGUCCAGAAUCAAACAGGUCUUUGAGAAGAAGAACCAGAAGUCGGCACAGACCAUAGCGCACUUGCACAAGAAACUCGAGCACUAUCACAAGAAGCUAAAGGAGAUAGAGCAGAACGGACCUGCUCGUCAGCCCAAGGAUGUCCUGCGGGACAUGCAGCAGGGAUUAAAGGACGUUGGAGCCAAUGUUCGUGCUGGGAUAAGUGGUUUCGGAGGCGGAGUAGUUGAAGGGGUCAAAGGUGGAGUAUCAGCCUUCACUCACACAGCUGUGGUCUCCAAGCCAAGAGAGUUUGCCAGCCUAAUCAGAAACAAGUUUGGGAGUGCUGAUAAUAUUGCCCACCUUAAGGACCUGGAGGACGGGGUCGGGGGUCAUUCUGAUGAUACCCCCACACCCCGAGCCUUGAGCGGAAGCGCAACUUUGGUCUCCAGCCCAAAGUACGGUAGUGACGACGAGUGCUCCAGCGCGACGUCGGGCUCCGGAGCUUGCAGCAAUUCCGGCGGGGCCGGCAUAGGAGGGGGGAUGCUGGGGCCGGCGAUGGGGAGUCCCCGACUGGAUGGACACCACCACCAUCACAUGCAUAGUUCAUGGGACUCUCUCCUGGAGGGCCUGCAGGAGAUCAAAGCCAGCCAGACUCACAUGGAGGAUGCUAUCGAGGACAUGAAGGGCCAGCUGCAAAGCGACUACUCCUACAUGACACAGUGUCUGCAAGAAGAGCGAUACAGGUAUGAGAGACUUGAAGAGCAGCUGAAUGACUUGACGGAGCUGCACCAGAACGAGAUGACCAACCUUAAACAGGAACUCGCCAGCAUGGAGGAAAAGGUGGCCUACCAGUCCUAUGAGAGAGCAAGAGACAUCCAGGAAGCCGUGGAGUCGUGUUUGACCCGCAUCACCAAGCUGGAACUGCAGCAGCAGCAGCAACAGGUGGUCCAGCUGGAGGGGGUGGAGAACGCCAACGCCCGAGUCCUGCUGGGAAAGCUCAUCAACGUCAUCCUGGCGCUCAUGGCCGUGCUGCUGGUGUUUGUGUCCACGUUGGCCAACUUCAUCACCCCGCUGAUGAAGACCAGAGCCCGCGUGGCUGCCACCGUGCUGCUGACCUUGCUGCUGUUCGUCCUGUGGAAGCAGUGGGAUUUUGUGGAGCCGUGGCUGCUGCCCAGCUGAUCAAACCUGCAACAGAUUUACAAAGAGGGGAGCAGAGGAGGGAGUCUGGUGGCCGGCGUCAAGUCACGGCACCAACACAUGGGAACCCAGGACUUAAACAGAGCGAGGUCUGUUGUACCUGUUUGAGUUUAAAGGUGGAGUUUCUGGAGGAAAAAACAAUAAUUUAAAAAAAAACUUGACCUUUUUUGGUUAAGGAUUUCACAAGCUCUGGCUCACAGGGAGUGUUUACGCUGCAAAAAAUAAAUGAAAAACAAGAAAAAAAAAACAGAACUUCCCUGCUUGCCAAGCAACAAAGACCAUUGCUUCCUCUCACCCAAAUCCACCGGUGUGGAUGACCAAUCAUCAAAUUCAUUUGCUAUCACCAAAAAACUGAGGUUCACGCAAAAAUAUUUGCUCAUUUUCUAACUAUUUAUGAUACAAGAAUUACUAAGUCUAGAGUAAUUUCCAAUGACUCUAAAAAGCUGAUCAUGUUUGCUGUAAUCUUCAUGUUGAAGCUAUAGCAUAUUUAAAAGGAAUAAAACAAAAAAAAUAUAUGAAUAUAUAUUUUUUUUCAUGAAUGUUAUGUACUCAUGCAUGUUCUCGUAUGUGCACUGAGAUGCAUCUGGAUCGCAUGAGUGAACAUUUCAUUAAUGACAAGAAGCGAGUCUUCGACUAACUGCCAUUUCCUUGUCAGAACAACGCAGACUUUAUUUCACCUCACUCACAGCAUCACGUCUGGUUCGUCUCACAUCCUGUUCUGGUGUUGAAGCAGUGCUUUUCAGCUUUUCUUUUGUUGUUUCUUAAAGUUGGGUGAAAAGUUAAAAAAAAAAUACAAGGACAAAAACAAGAACAAAAAGAAACAAAAAACCCUGCUGAAACACAAACCCACAAAAAC